AUGAAGUCUCAGCAAAUCCUUGUAUGCUUUCUGGCCAUCGUGGCUGUAACUUAUGCUGGCAGCAUUGGAGGCGGCGGCUGGAGUUCGGGCGGCGGUGGCUGGGCAUCAGGAUCGAGUUCUGGCGCUGGCUGGGCAUCAGGUGGUGGCUCUGGCUGGGCUUCAGGAGCUGGCUCUGGCGAGACGAUUAUUAAAAUCAUCAAAGUAAUUCAUGAAGCUGCUGACGAUGCGGGCACACAGCAUGAUCAUUCCGCUGGAGAUCAUCAGGCCAAAAUUAUUAGUCUUAUCACCUCUGAUAUUGGCAACGCGGGCCCUUCUAAUGGUGGGUGGGCAGCAGCGCCAGAGAGCUCAGCCAGCGGCUGGAAUGCUGCACCCGCCGGCUGGAGCGGCGGUUGGGACUAA